AUUGGAUAUGAAAAAUCUCAUAAUAAGAUAUGCAGCAAGUAUUGCUAAACCUGGAUAAUAAUUCCUUGUUUUAUUCGGUGCCCCAGGAGUAAUAAAGUUAAUUAAUAUGAAAUUAGGUUGGUAAAGGGACAUUUGCAAAGUUAUUGAUCAACGAUACUAAGUUUAAUCACAUUUCAACAGGGGAUGAAAUUCGUAAGAUUUUGAAAGGGAAUACAUCCAAAUCAUUUGAUCCAAAAUUAAUUGCCACAAUAAAGGAUAUUGUUGCAAAGGGAGGUCUUGUGUCAGAUGAGAUUGUGAUGAACAUUUUGUAGGAAAAGUUAAAGGAGCCUGAGUCUGCAAAGGGAGUAAUUUUAGAUGGAUUCCCAAGAACUUUGAGAUAAUUGGACUUGUAUGAAAAGAUUUUACCAACAAAUGUUGUUGUAAACGUAACUUUAAGAGCUGAUAUUUUGCUUGAGAAAUUAGCUGCGUACUAUUUAAUAACAAUAUGUAAGUCGUCGUACGUGUGUGGGUUGCGGCACAGCUUUCAACGUUUGCGAUAUCAACAGAGAUGGCUAUGUUAUGGAACCAUUAAAUCCAAAGAAGGAAGGCAUAUGUGAUGCAUGUGGUGGUAAAUUGGUGGUUAGAGAUGAUGAUAAGAAAGAAGUAAUCUAAUGAAUUAAUGUUUAGGUAAUUGAAUAAAGAAUGAAGGAGUACGACGAGAAGACACAUCCUUUAUUAGAUAGAUACAGAGCCAUGGGUGUAGUUAUUGAUUUCGAAGUUAAGAGAGGAAAGAAAGAUUAUCCAAGAUUAUGGGAUUUGGUAAAAUAAAAAUUAAGAGUUUGAAAUAAUUAUUCUAGUACAUCAUAUUUAAUUCAAAAUCUUGUUG